UGGUGUCCGUGUGCAGUACUUGAAGUCUUAUCAGAUCGCCUUGAUACGGUCACAGUCCUCCUCCUGACUUCCCAGAGUGAUGUGUGCGUUUUUUUCUCUCUGUCAAGUGAUCAGUGGAUUGAGCUGCGGAUUUAUAUCACUGGACGCUGAGGCCGCGACAGCCACCGCCGCCACCCCGGCCUCUCCGCCAUGAGCCUCACGACGGUUUUCUUGGCGCUGCUGCCACUGGGACUCGCUGCCGCCGCCAGAGGUCCACUCACGGAGGCUCAUGAUGUCCUAGGUGACAGUUUCAUCAACACUCAAGAAGAAAACAUUCACGAGGCACCUCAGGCCAUACAAGGUGUUCCCCACACCAGUGUCAUAGAAGAGGCAGCCCGCGGGGUGCUGCCGCCGCCACUCUGGGACACACUCUUCUAUGAAUCCCCAGACACACUUGUGACAAACCAUGACUCGAAGCCCAGGGCAGAGCCACAGACACGAGCAGGGCUGCUGGGCCUCCUCGCCCCCUACUACCUCCCCGGCGGGAGGAACGUGUCGGGCGAGUGCCGCCAGGACGUGAGUGGCCUCAGCGAAGGGUUCAUCAGCGGCAAGUUUUGGGCAUUGAAAGUGGUGGACUCGUGGGGGAAGUUUCCGGACGGUGUAUUAGUCGGAAACCUGUGGACACCGGGGCUGCUGGACGAAUGCUUGCGGACGACGGUGGACUCGGAGGACCCUAAGGCGCAUUUCAGUGGCCGAUACUGCUCCUUCGCUAUCGGAAUGAAAGAAAACGAAACGAAUCCACAGCAGCUAUUAUGGGGUGAGGGAGAGUAUAACGAAUACGAGAAUUAUGAGGAAGAUGAUGAAUACAAAGCAGAGUUGGUGAGGGACUUAAAGAUACGGAAGAUGAUGCUGCCCAACCUCCACAUGGCUGACGUGAAAAGCGUCCUCCAGAUUGCUAUUCCCUUCAACCUCCUGGCCACGUGCAUCCCGUCCACGUGCACCGAAGAGGAGUACAGACAAAGCCUGGAAAAGCAGUUGGACGAGAGGAACCUGACGUUGUCCCUGCUAGCGUGUCAGACGAGGGAACUGCCAUCACUGCGCUACAACACGGCCGAUAUUUGUAUGAUCGUCGCCCUGUCUCUCCUGGGCGCCACGGUGGUCGUGGGCACCGGCGCCGACGUCUGGAUCACCCUCACCAGGAAUGAGACGCUGGCCAGAGGCCCCUUGCGGUACGUUCUCGUGUUCUCCUUCUACACCAACCUGCCCAAGAUUUUCCGUAUCAACACUAACAAAAGCGAAGAGGUGAUCUCCUGUCUCCACGGCAUCAGGGUCUUGACCAUGGUCUGGGUGGUGAUGGGGCACGCCUUCCUUAUCUCCUUUUUCUUCAGUCCCAACAAAGGCUACAUCGCACAGAUGAUCGCGGAGAACCCUUACUCCUACCAGCUCAUAUUCAACGCCUACCCCUCAGUCGACACCUUCUUCUUCAUGAGCGGCCUCCUCGUCGCCUACAAUCUGACCAAGGAGUUUCAACGGACGUCAAGGUUCAACAUCCCAUUGUAUUACAUCCAUAGGGUCAUCAGACUCUGCCCGCCCAUCUUGCUACUGUGCGGGUUCUUCGCCGUGUUCCCGCCGUUGUUCGUUCAGGGCUCCUUGUCGCCGCUGAUGGUGCGGAGACCCUACCUUGUGGACUCCUGCAUCAGGCACUGGUGGCGGGAUAGCUUCCUGAUCACCAAUAUGUUCACAGGGAUGGAGGACGGGGGUUCGUGCCUCCCGGUGUGCUGGUACACGGCCGUCGACUUCCAACUCUACAUCGUGGCGCCUUUCAUGAUCCUGCCGCUCCUGUACCGCCGCAAGCCAGGUAUGGUGGUGUUGGGUGUGCUACUCCUUGUCUCCGUCGUCGUGCCCAUGACCAUCAUCGGGGUCAAUCAGCUGCCGCCCACUAAUGUUGUAGACGCAAGACAAGACGACAGUGCGCUCAUCAACAAGUUGGUGUACAUGAAGCCGUGGUGCCGCGCGUCGCCCUACCUGGUGGGCCUGGCGCUGGGCUACUUCAUGAGGGUGGUGGACAAGAACAAGGUGCAGCUGAAAUGGUGGCAAGUGGGGCUGGGCUGGAUCCUCGCCUUGGUCAUCAUGGGUGCCGUGGUGUUUGGCGUCAAGGACUACAACACCUUCACCGGCAAGGUGCACGAGUACAACGCCGCCACGAGCCUCCUGUACGGCGGCUUCAACCGGCUGGCGUGGGGCUUGGCGAUCGCCUGGCUAGUGUUCGCCUGCCACAUGGGAUACGGAGGUCUCGCCAACAGCUUCCUGGCGCACCACUACUGGCAGCCUAUCAGCCGCCUCACCUACUCCAUCUUCCUCAUCGCUUUGAACGUACAAAGCAUAUACUACAUUUUCUACGCCCGCAUGCCAAGCUAUUACACGCCUUUCUAUAAGCUAAUUGAGACUGCUGGGAUCCUACUGGUCGCCGGGCUUGGGGGGGUGCUGCUGUCACUGCUGGCUGAGUCUCCCGUGCUGGGCUUCGAGAAGCUCUUACUCGGGAGGGGAAGGGAACGACCUGACCCUCUUCAUAGCCGCAUCUCCUCAACCUCUGGCCCCAUCAGAGCGUCUUCUCUCACAAGCAUGAUAUCCUCGCCGAGUUCCUCCACGCAUGAAUCAUCUCCGGAGGAGGAGGAGGCGAAGGAGGAGGAGGAGGUGGAGGAGGAGGAGGAGGAGGAGGAGGAGGAUAAGUGGUAGUAGUAGUCAUAGUUGUACUUGUUGUAGUGUAAGAAUCGUAAAAUAUUGUGUGUAAUCUUGGUGUUGAUAGGAUAAGUGAGUAUUUACUCAUCCCUCUUCUGUACACGUAUAGUCGCUGCAACGGGUAUUAUCUUCCGCGUGUUGGCAACCAUCACUAUGUUCCAGGUUGUCUGGCGAAGCUUUCUUGCGUGCAUAUGCUCCUUGAACUCCAAAAAUAUCAUACAUUUAAUCGAAUUGUAUAGAGUAUCUACUAGACGUAACACUUAAUUUUUUCAUUUACUUAUAUAAUUACAUCAAUACUUCUACCACCAGAAUGUUCCUGGUAAACUUGGGUGUUAGCCAGAUAAGUACGUAGAGGUUGGGAGUUCCUGCUGCACAGCGAUGUAUUACAGAAUUUCACUUACAGCUCUUAUAGAUGCUAAUCACAUGUUCACACAAUCAGAAAAGUAUCGCACAGGAGCGCUACUAUGGUGUUGAUCAUAUAAAGGCCAAUACAUAUUAAUCUAUGCAUAUCGUAUGAAUAUAUUUAACAUAGACGAAAUUAUAGUAUUUAACAUUAUAAACGCCACAACUGAUCUCUAUAUAAUACGCAGGUCUAUUCACGCCGAGAUAAUUCUUAGUGUUGGGAAGGACCCAGUUUUGUAUUUUGUUGGCCUGGACCCAUCCUACAGCAGAACUCUAAUUCGUGCCACUGUUACGGCACUGAAGAGAUCUAAUUUAGGCAAAUCACGUAUGUACAGUGUACACUCCCGCGUUAUGUUUCGUUUUUCGUUCUAUCCCUUUCAUUUUCCUCUGGUGUAUUAUAUCAGUUAUGUUUUUAUCGCAUACUCUCAGAUUUCUUCCUUCCUUCCUUUACCAUGUUUCCUCCUCUACAAGUAUCUCUUCCUCUAUACAACUCCAUGAGCUAUGCCAACCAUCCCAAUCACAUACUCGUGCCCACCGAACAAAUAAAUUAUGGGAAAUCUACUGGACGCUGGGUAAUCAUGCUAAUAAAACUCACAAAAAAUCA